AACCUUUUAGCAAAAUGUCAAACGGUCCAAAUUUAUAAUUUAUGUUGCCUUAUAUUUCACAAGAGUUGUAAAAUUUAAUUAGUCACAGUUCCAGUUACUAUGUGCUUAUCAAUAUGUUAUUCCAAGCGUAACACCGUGACGUUACCGUUUACUGCAUAUGCUUAAUCCAGCAGUACGAUUAUUUGUACAGUUGUGUUGAAAAUAUUAUUGUUAUCGUUAUUUACGUCAUAGUAAAUAAUUUGGCAGUGUUCCCCUGUUGUGUUACGUUUUUGUUGACUCACAAGCGCUUGAAUCGCCGAGCUAGUGACUGGAGACCGCAUCGACCUUGAACCUACAACAGCUGUUUUGAGCAUGGACUCGUUCCUCAGCCUGUUUGACCCGUCGGACGGCAACCAGAGCAAGACCAAGAGGAAACAGAACAAACCCGACCAGGACAAUGUCAAGAAGAAAGUAGACCCGCCUAAGGGCAGGCGAAGAGGUAGGAAGACACAGGGCAAGAAUGAGACGCUGCCCGAAGAGUCUUCAUUCCUUUGUGAGCCCGAGCUGAGCGCGGAGCUGCUGAUGAAGGAUGGCAGUUACUUCGAGAGCUACAUCGAGCUGAAGAAGGAAGAUCCUAAAGCGGAAGACAAGAAGCCGAAGCGACGUAACUCGGGCCGCAAGAAUCGCAGAAGGAAAAAGGUGUCGCCAACCAAAGAGGAGCAGGCGUGGAGCAACCCGACAUCCGUGCCGCCCGCGGGCGCCGACGGCGGCAAGGUCAACAACCUGCGCGAGUACGGCGGCGGCGUGCACGGCGUCAUCGACAAGCUAGAGAAGGUGAUCCUGAAGGAUGACACGUACCUGGCGGGGGAGUUCAACGCGGAGGACCUCCACAACGAGGCGUGGUACAGUUCUGACGACUUCGACGAGAGCCUCGACGACGACACAAAUUCGGAGUCGGAUGACAGCGGGAGCGAAGCGCACGGCAGCCUGCCGCCGGAGCCCCGCUUCGGCAACGUGGAGUACAAACUGCAGCUAGUAGCCCCCUGCGAGAGGCGCUUCCAGCAUCUAGUGACGCAGCUAAAAUGGCGUCUCCGGUCGGGCGGCGGCGCGGCGGUGUACCUGGUGGGCGUGCGCGACUGCGGCGCCCUGCGCGGCCUGCGCGCGCGCGCCCUGCGCGGCUCCCUGCACACGCUGCGCCGCAUGGCCGCCGCGCUCGGCGCCACCCUGCACCACGUCACCGCGCGCAGGGUGCGCCAGCACCGCGCCGUCGCCGAGGUCUACAUCAGGAAGUUAGCAGAUACUCAGCAGAGUGUGGAGCUGCGAGUAGCCGUGAUGGGCGCCAACGAGGCGGGAAAAUCUACACUAAUAGGAGUCCUUACUCAAGGUGAACUCGACAACGGGCGGGGGAGCGCCCGCCUCAACAUGUUCCGCCAUCUACACGAAGUGAAAAGUGGCCGGACGUCGUCACUGAGCCACGAGAUACUGGGGUUCGAUGCUCAGGGCAACGUGGUAAACUAUGGCUGCUCCGAACUAAUGACGGCAGAAAGAAUAGGCGAACGAAGCGCCAAACUAGUGUCGUUCCUCGAUCUCGCCGGACACAGCAAGUACCAACGUACAACCCUACACGGCCUCACAGGAUACUGCCCGCACUACGCCAUGCUUGUCAUCUCAGCGACGGCCGGCAUCACCCGCAUCACCGAGGAGCACAUAGGGCUGCUGCUGGCGCUGGCGCUGCCGUUCUUCUGCGUGGUCAGCAAGUGCGAGCUGGCGGCCGUGCAGCCUCUGCUGACGCGGCUGCAGCACAUACUGGCCGCCGUCAACAAGAAACCACUGCUGAUUACCGACGAGAACAUGGCGCGCAACUGCGUGGGGCCGCAGAAGCUGAUCCUCGACACUAUUGACGGCGUCGACGACCCGGACGACAAUGAUGAUGAGCCGACGACGGAGCAGAUCCCCGUGUUCCCGGUGAGCUGCGUGAAGGGCGCGGGGCUGAACGCGCUGCACGCCUACCUGCUCGCGCUGCAGCCGCCCGCCACCGAGCUGCCCGCACCCGACCACGAGACGUGCGAGUUCCAAAUCGACGAGAUCUUCCACGUGGGCGAGUCGCUGGGGCCCGUCGUGGGCGGGCUGCUGGCGCGGGGCACGCUGUACGAGGGGGACAACCUCAUCAUAGGCCCCCUGGACACGGGCGAGUUCGUGCCCAUCUCCGUGAAGAGCAUCUACCGCAACCGCGUGCCUUGCGGCCUCGUGCGCGCCGGGCAGUCGGCCUCGCUCGGCCUCGCGGGCCCCGCGCCCGGCCUGCGGCCCGGCAUGGUGCUGCUCGCGGCGCCCGGCCCGAGGCAGGGCCAGAGGCCGACGUUCGGGGGGUGUCCGCCCGGGAAAUGUAAAAGCAGUAAGGUCAACGAGAUCCUCAAAAACCAGCCCAAACACAAGAAGCAUAAAAACCGUAACGUCUACCAGAAGCUCGCCAACGCGGAGCAGUCCCUCACGAAGGACGCGUCCUAUACACAGGACAAUAUGUCCUACACACAGAACAUAUACGUGUCCGAUGGCGAGGACACUUGCACAUGCCGCGACGAGGUGCUGCUAGAGGACCCCAGCGACCCGCGGGGAUGCAUGUACUUCCAGGCCACCAUACACGUGCUCCGGCACUCUACAGCGAUCUCGCCCGGCUUCCAGUGCACCGUGCACGUCGGGAACGUGCGCCAGACCGCCAUCAUCGAGGGCAUAAUGUCGCACUCGGCCAUGCUGCGCUGCGGCGAGUCCGCGCCGGCGCUGUUCCGGUUCCUGCGCUGCCCGGAGCACCUCGUGCGCGGGCGCAGGCUGCUGCUGGCGGCCGGCGGCGGCACCAGGGCGAUCGGUCGCGUCACGCAGAUCUUUCCCUACGUACCGUGAAAGAAAUCUCUCCUAAUUCGUACUUAAUCCAAAUAAAUAUGACCAUUCAGUCGUGAUGACACUUAAAUUAUAGUCCGUUCAACAACUUUGUCAGUAGAUUAAAGGCGCGAAAUUCAUUAUAUAGGACUUAUUUUUUAAAUUUUCCGCCUUUUUUUACUGAAGGAAAUGGCUUGACUGUAUCUCAGUUUUGUUAUUAGUGAAAACAUUAAUCCUGUGCAGACCGGAUCCGGAUGCGUCUUAUCGUAUAACCGCAGAUAUAAUAUAUCGGAGCGGGCGAGGUGCUCAAAAAUAUCUGAACACGCAACUCUAACGCCUUAACAAUGAGGGCUACCGCGUUUACUUUCGCCGCUAGGGGCGCUAGUGUAGAUGGAGGACCUCAAAAUGUCAAGUGCAUAGAACUUUGGAGGGUUUCAAGCUUUUUUAUCGAGAAUUGUCACCUUAUUCAAAAUUGUGGUAAAUCUUUGUUCAUCUUUGAUUAAUCAUGGUAAACAAUAGAUAUAGCUAUAAAAAAUUUAGUGGUUUAAAAAAGUGCCAACUAAUAUAUAUGCAAAAUGAAAACAGGUUGAAAAAAUGGCACAUUUAGACGUUAAAAUACCUUUGUGUAUAUUCAGUAUAUUAGAACGAAUUGAUUUUAUAAAAAUAAGCAUAGAAGAAUUUUGAGAUCUGUUUUUUCUGGACCUACAUCUACAGUAGCGCCAACUGGUGGGCACAAAAACGAUAGCCCUCAUAGAGGCGUGUUCAGAUAUUUGUGAGCGCCUCGGCCGCUCCGAUAUAUCUGAUGGCGACUACGAUAAGAACAUGACCAGUAAAACUUAAAAAAAAAGAUAUCAUGUCAAAAAUAGAUGCCAGUGAUUGGUGAUUUUCAAUGCCAAUUAUUAGAUAAUAUAUGUGACGUUUUCAACCAAAAAGGUACCACAUUGUCGGUUGUCGAUAAGGUUGAUUUCUAAUUGAAGCUAUAUGGAAAUAGCGCCUUACUGACAAGCGACAAUAAGUACAGUCAAGGGCAUAAAUAUAUAUACAUUCACAAAGUUUCAAAAAUAUGUGUACGCUCUUACACCUUAGACAAUAAAUUUAUUUAUUUAUUUAAUACAAUUCUGGUUAAACGGCGUUACAGCGAAAACCAAUGCGCCGAGAAACUUAAGCUAACAGAAUAUUUCAUUUCAAGAAAAACAUAAUACAAAAGUAGGUACAAAAUACAACAGGAAAAAACAUAAAUAGCACAUCACAUAACAUAACACAGACUGUGGAAGGCCUAUAAAGUCGUGUUCACAUAUUUUUGGGCCAUUUAUCUGGAUCGAUAUUUUUGCCUUCGACUGUACCCUUUUGGUUUAAAAGGGCACAUUUUAUUUUAAUACAUACAUAGUAUGUUCAAUCACGAACGGUUACGGACUAGACUGAGAAAGUAAUAUAGGUAUUGCUGUCUCAUUCUAACAGGUAUAUUUAAGGUUACUUAAGUAGGUAUUUGGCGAUCGUAUCAUGGCCUAGACCAUAACUUUUUUUUUUUACAAUUAUGGCCUGGAUGCAAGUCCUUUAAGCCAGACCAUAGCUAUGUUAUGUACUUCUUUUUAUAUUACAACUUAAGUUUACGAUCUAUAGUUUGGACAGGGACUGUCUCAAUGAGGGCUAACGCGUAUGAAUUCGCCGCUAGGGGCGCUAGUGUAGAUGGUGGUCUUUUCCAUAGUUCGAAAUGUCAAAUGUCACUUGUCACUUCAAUGACUGACAGCUGUUCUAUAGUCUUUUGGACCACCAUCAACAGAGGCGCCAACUGGUGAGCAAAAAAACGAUAGCCCUCAUUCAAACAUAGAUAGAAUCAUACUGUCUUUGUCUUACGCUAAGCACCCAAAAGAAAGGGAUGAGUAUAGUUUUUUUCUUAUUUAUUAACAAAUUGGGUUUGCCAGACUAUAAUAACCCAGUGGGACAAAUAAAAAAAUAUGAAGAUUACGUGGUUAUUGACUAAAUUACUUAAUUUGACAUUUACAUUAUGUCAAACAGUCAGACAAUAUUAAUUAGUUGCUUAAUCAAUAUUUGUGACGUUUGCAACCAAAAGGUACCACAUUGUCGCUAGUCGAUAAGGUUGAUUUCAAAUUGAAACUAUAUGGAAAUAGCGCCUUAUUGACAACCGACAAUAGGUACCCUUUUGGUUGAGAAUGGCACAUUUUAGUUGCUUAAUAAUGUGAAACUUAUAUGAUUGUAUGAAAAUGUUAUAUGAGGGCGGAUUAUGGAACUCUGAGCCAGGGACCGGACAACCCUUUCCGCGAUAAAACCCUUUCAAUGGGCGACACUUAAACACGGCUAACACAUUGAAAGACUUUCCCUUUUGAACUGCAAGCCCAUUCAUACCCUUACCUUUGACUAACCCUUACCGAAAAGCUAACCAAAAAUAAGGCUAGCUCUUAAUAAGGGUUACCCUUAUCUUUAAGCGCUUUUUAUAAAGGUUUCCCUUUGCGUGAAAGAGACAGGAUUAGUAUAUAUCUACGGUAGUGUAUGAAAAGGAAAGAAAAUACGUGCCUAGUCAAAGAACGCCGCCGUCGCCGCCGACGAUCGCUCGGAUUCGAAGUAAUGUGUGCUUUAUGAACAAGGUAGACGACUUAAAUUAGCACGCUUAUAUGCUAAAAGGGAAGCCCUUUAUAAGGCUAACCCUUAUAAGCAAUAUGCAAGGUGUUGGUGAGCGGAUGAUAAGGGUUUUGUAAGGGUAUUUGGGCUACCGAUUACUCAAAUGUGGUAGCUUUAUAUAAGGGUUUUUAAAAGCAAAACAAAGGGUUUCGUCUGGCAAAGGGUAUGGUGAGUUAAGCCUUAUGCAAUACCCUUAUAAAACCCCGAUAAGGGAUAGCGGGCCGGUCCCUGCUCUGAGCGUAGCUAAGGUUCAACGCGUACCGUCCAAGGUAUAGAUUUAUUUUAGAUUGACAAUGGAAGAGAAUUAAAGAUUUUUUGUUCAUAGAAACCUGAUUAGUGAUUAUAUUAUAAGUAGUAAAACAUUUUUUUUCUUGAUUUUUAGUUCUAGGGUAUAAUUAAAGUACACAACUCACUAUAUUAAUGUUACAUAAGUAGAUUUUUAUAAUGUUUUCUUUUAGGAUAAAAUGUGGCUUUCCAUGCCGGAAGGGUCCUUAUGUUUCGUAUUUAUAAGGACUUUCUCAUCAGCAAAGCAUCAAGGAGCAUGAAGACCCUUUUCUGAUGAAAAGUUCCUUAUACGUAAGUACCCUUCCGGCAUGGAAAGCCACAAAUACAUUUGCUGUUGUACUUUCUUUAGUUGUAGUCACGUUUGUCAAUUUAAACAGCAGUAUUUUAAAUGUAUUCGUUAAGUACAAUAUUGUAACAUUUGUAACAAUUUAGGGAAGACUGGGGAGACUUGGUCACCUAAAUUAUAAACACAUUUAAUUGCCAAUAAAUAAAUACUAUCCUAAAAGUUCUGAUUUUGACAACGCAGUAGAGUUAGAAUUGCUAUUUUAGAUCUAUUUAUAGUACAUCUGGUGCUCCAUUACGACACCCUGUGCUAUAAUAAACACAUUACGUAACUACGUCGAAAAUUUAAACGGCCAUAUGUACUUUAAAACGUUGUACGAAACACGUUGCGAAUUUCCUAUUUUUGGCACUUGUAUUGUAAAUAACUAUUAAAAUUUAAUUUCACUAUACAAUUAAAAACUGUAAUAGAUGUCAUAUUAAAGAAAAAGUGACGAAGCCCUCCAGUGAUGAAGGGCGGAUUCGAACCGGCGUCUUUAGCUAUCGCGGCUAACGCCAUGAACCCCUAGGCCACCUCGCCACUAAUUUGAUUUGUUCCCAAACUUGUUCGCUAUACAAUUUAGGGAACCCAUUCUCCCUAGGAUCGAGUUCCCCAUUUCCCCCUGUAGGUAAUUUAUGCUAGUUCCCACAAAUGUGCCAUUGUCAACCAAAAGGGUACUUAUUGUAGGUAAUAAGGCGCUAUUUCCAUAUAGCUUCAAUUUGAAACCAACCUUAUCGACUAGCGACAAUGUGGUACCUUUUGGUUGACAACGUCACAAAUAUUUUUACAGUUAUAAUUUCUCAUUUAAAGGUAAAUUUCGCUUUAAACAGAAAACUGAAGAUCUUUCAACUUUUUUUUUAAAUUGAUCAUUGUUCAUUAAUCUUUAGAAUCAUUAGGAUAGUUAUAAAUAAUUCGUGUAAUUUUUAGUUAUAAAAAGUUCGAUGCUUGAAUUUAUUAGAAAAAUAGUUUUUUUUUUGGGGUCAUACUCCAGAUUUGUUCUUGCGUCUAAACUCCGUCAAAUCAUACUAAAUGUUGUGUUUGAAGUAGAAGCUGACCGCAGUCAUAUGUGUCAUCAAGCAAAAGGUACCACAUUGUCGCUUAAGGACGCUGACAGGUUUUUAGUAUAAAAAUACAAGCAAUUUUCGUAAGGUAAGCGACAAUGUGGUACCUUUUGCUCGAAAACGUCACAUAAUUUGAGAACGGCCCUUUUCUAGUCCCUAGGUAGUGUAUUCUUGGUUUAACCUUUUAACUGUGAUGUGUGGCUGUGGUGAGAAGGUUAAAAUUGAUUUUGAGCACUAGAAUACUUUAUUUCAAAUUUAUAUUUGCUUUAGUAGGUAACACCUAAAAAUUAGGUAGGGAAAAUUACAUAAGUUGUGGCUUUCUGAUGACUUGUGUUGUACUUAGUUGAGUACUAAGAUUAUUUAUUUAGUUGUGAUAAUAUAUAUAUAUAUGUAUUUAUGGGUAUAUAUUUGUGUUUAUAUGGAUAUGUAUUGUAUAUAUAUGUUUAUUUUAUAUUCUAGAUCACAGGUUUUAAUUAUUUACGUUUGUAAUAAUUGAACCAUAAUUUACUUUCUGUUCAUAGUGUUCGUUUGUCUAUCUUGAUCUGUUUAUUGUUUCAUUCUCAAUUGCUCAAAGGUUGACUGGAAGAGAUCCCUUAUAGGGAUAAGUCCGCCUUUGUACAUUGUAUAUAUUUAUGUUCUUUUAUUGUGUUUGUAAUCUGUCUUAUGUACAAUAAAGUGUUUACAUACAUACAUACACCUAAAUAUACCUAUACAUGUUAAUAUACAUACGUUUGGACUUUUUUUUUCUCAAAAAGUCCAUUAAGAGGUGUCUUAAUCGCUUACAGAAUAAAUGUGACGUUGUUAAGCGAAGGGUACCACUUUGACAAUUGACAUAAGAGUCUGUUUUUUCGUUACAUCUGUACUAAUAACAUAAUAGUACAUUUCGAUGCUAGCGCGGAAAGUAUCUCAUCAAUAAGUAGUCAUGAAUUGGAACAAGUAUAAAUUUAAAAAAGAUGGAAAAGUAAAAAGCACUAGUUCGCGAAUACCAACUUUCCGCACGCUAAACAGCUACGUAAAGUAGCACUUUUUGAGCAACUGUACUAAAAAUAUUUGUAAUUAUAAGCGACGAAACGAAGUGGUACUUAUUCCUUAAAACGAGAAUAAAAAACUUGUCUGUUUAUUAGUAUACUUAGUAUGUUUCUUUAAUUUUCCUUUGUAUACAUAAAUCACAUUGAAUGUCUUCCAAUACACAUUCAUAUUAUUAUAAAUAUAGAGCUGUACCUAAGAAGGGUACAUUAUGAUAGUAGCGACCGACCCCAACCGUCCCGGGACCAGUCUGAAAAUCAGCGCGGAGCCCUCUGGCACCGCACAUGCUGAGAUUGGGACCCUUUGCCUCACCAUAGAUUUAAGUUAAUAGUUAUUAUGUUAUGUUAAGUUGAUAUUUAAGUUUAAGUUUAGUUUAUAUUGUAUUUUUAAGCUAUCCUUUCAUAAAUUUUAGAUAUUUUUUUCCUAAGGUGUGGCAAUAAAGAUUUUUUAAUUUAAUUUAAUUUAAUUUAAUAUAUACUAAACAGAAGUUUUAGCCAAACAUACCUUAAAAAACUAUAGUCAAAAAGCGCAGUUAUUGUAUACUAAAUGUACGUGCGUGUGGGGGUGAGGCACAUACACAGUACACACACUACAGUGUGACUAUUCGCACUUAAACUAUCGUGAGACAUAUUUCAAAAUAUUUAUCAGACGACUUGGACGCAUUCUACCCCAAAUGGUGGGAAAAUGGCGAUGACAGGGUCGAGUGGAGAAAACGAGGGGAGGCCUUUGCCCAGCAGUGGGACACCAAAAUUGGCUAAUAAAAAAAAAAAAAAAAAAUUUAUCAGUACGGUUUUUACUCACUAUUAUUUUUAGUCGCUUUUGGCGACAUGUUUCGGAUUCUUUGGGAAUCCAUCCUCAGGCACGCACGACGAACAACCGCCGCGGACACUCGUGCCUGAGGAUGGAUUCCCAAAGAAUCCGAAACAUGUCGCCAAAAGCGACUAAAAAUAAUAGUGAGUAAAAACCGUACUGAUAAAUAGUGUGACUAUUAUUUAAAUGCCAUAAUUCUAUGACAAAAUAUGCUGUAAUAUUGAAGAAAAAAAAAAAUGUCUCAUUGAUAAUACGAUUUUUACCACAUUCUUUUAAUUUGUAUGAUUUAGUUAAAAAAGCAAAUUAACGAAUGUUUUGACAGCACGAUUAUUUGUAUUAGAUUUAACAAAUAAAAUAAUUUAAUUAUAAACCUGCAACCAAAUAGGUAAAUAACCAACGAAUGAAGAGACGCAAAAAAAUAUAAAGCUGAUUUGCGCGGGUUAUUUUAGCACAUGUUCCUUUUCCAUUGCACUAAUAUUACCACCAAUAUCGUUGAUUUUGUAUAGAUGAGCCAAUCAACCAAUUAUGUCGCAAUGACACUGUCAGACUUUGUCAUUGCUCAUUGCAAAAGUCUAUGCAGAGUUAGCUUGGUCCAACUCUGUAUAUCCAAUUGCUACAGGCCUGUGCACUGGAUGCGAUGCGUUGUAAAGUACAAAUCCUUAUAAGAGACGGCACACCGCUUGCGUUGCGUGUGCGUGCACAGCUCCAACAUUUUAGCUCACGUAAACGCUGCCGGUAUGGUCUGGCCUUAAAUCAAUUAGUACAUGAAAACAUAGUAGCUUCAAAUGUGCCAUUUUCAACCAAAAGGGUACUUACGGAUGUCAUAAAGGCGAUAUUUCCAUAUAGCUUCAAUUUGAAAUCAACCUUAUCGACAACGUGGUACCUUUUGGUUGAAAACGUCACAAAUAGAUAGUGCUAGCCAAAUAUAUCGUAACACCUAUAGGGAAUAUUACGCGAAAUUCUGCGUAGGGGGCGCCACUACCACAAUCUGAGGGUCUAACGUGAAACAAGAAAAUUUCUUUAUCUAACAUCUCUGUCACUCUUGCAUAUUCGAGCGAUAAAGAGGCAGAUAGCGAAUUUUCGGAUUCGCGAUUCCCGGUAGGUCCUCCGUAAGCAAACCGCCUUGAUGCAUCAAUGUCAUAUUUUAUUAUCACUGAAAACUUGUCAAAACCCUGUUAAAGGUACAGUAUGUAUAAGUUACUCUAUGGUUUACUAAAAAGGCUAGUGCUGCACUCUGGUGGCAGAACAUUGCAGUAAUAUCCCCUAUUGUUAGAAAUAAGGAUGUGUCCCGAUAUAUUUGGCCACUUUCGCCGUCACCACCAAUGUUGUUACCAUUUGUCCCCGCAUAACGUGACUGCCGCUAUACAUGAGGCGGGGACAAAUGGGAUUGGGAAUGAUUCAUAUGAAUGCACCUAUUCCCGGCGGGUACAAAUGGGAAUACAUCCUAUUUGAUGCUGUCAGUAGGUACCGUAUGUAUAAAUAAGUACAGAUUAUCAUACCUAUUUGUGAUAGUAAGACACUAAUACAAUGUAAAGCACACGCGUUUUAAUUUAAGUACACUUUUUGACUAAUAAAAAUAUCA